AUGCGCUUGUGGCUGAACACACUGCUCGCGGCGAUGCUCCUUGUCAUCGUCACUGCACUAGAGCCUUUCGAAGAUGAAUUUCUGAAAGAAAGACCAACAAGAGCGUUCCCAUUCUUAUUACGUAUCACACCAUUGAUUGGUUAUGACAGAAGGUACGGGUCUAAAGUUGACAAGGUCCCGCUGUCGACAGAGCAAAUCGACAGCACGGAUGGCGUGAUUGCACGAAUGCGGAGAGAUGGACAUAUGUUGAAAAGAUACACGUGUCGCUUCAAGUUCUGUCGAAUAUUCGAUGAAUAA